UCAAUGAUGCGUGUUCUGCUUCUGACUCUGCUGCUGUCUGGGGUUUGCUGUGAUAUGAAUCUGGACGGCUCUUGGAGGUCUUGGAAAAAAUUCAAUAAAAACUACAGCGAUGCGAUGGAGGAAGCAUACAGGAGAUCAGUUUGGGAGCAGAAGGUUUUAGAAGUGAAGAAGCACAAUGAAGAAGCUGCAGCAGGACUUCACACCUUUACCACUGGCCUCAAUCACCUUUCAGACAUGACUGCAGAAGAAGUCAAUGCUAAGCUGAAUGGUCUGAGGAUGGAGAACUUUUCUCCUCAGGAUGAUGAUGAUAAUUUUACCUUUCCAAUUAAUUUCCCUCUUCCUCCCAGUGUGAACUGGACUGAGGAUGGAUUUGUCACUCCUGUUCAGAACCAGGGUAAUUGCAACUCAUGCUGGGCAUUCAGUGCAGUUGGAGCUUUAGAAGCUCAGAUGAAGAAAAAGAAGGGUGUGCUGGUUCCUCUGAGUGUUCAGCAGCUGGUGGACUGCAGUCAUUUGGCAGGAAAUCAUGGCUGCUUUGGAGGACUUCUAACUAAUGCAUUUCAUUACAUUGUAAACAAUGAAGGAAUCAGCAAGGAGUCUGAAUACCCUUAUGAAGAUAAGGAGGUGUUCUGCCGUCGUGCUCAUAAUUAUGGGCACUGUAAGGGUUACCGGGUUCUUCCACGUUAUAAUGAGUUUGAGCUGCAGAAGGUGGUGGCUACCAUCGGACCGGUUGCAGUGGGAAUCAAUGCCAACAUGACCUCGUUUCACCACUACAAGGAUGGUAUAUAUAACGAAACGUCAUGUCCUUCUUUACCAUUAAAUCAUGCUGUUCUGAUAGUUGGAUAUGGAAAAGAAGAUGGGAGACAAUACUGGCUGGUCAAAAACAGUUGGAGUGAUAAUUGGGGAGAAGGAGGAUAUAUACGAAUGCUGCGGAACCAGAAUCAGUGUGGAAUCGGCACCUACAGUGUUGUCCCCAUCAUCUGAACUCAUUCAUCACAAAUCACUUUUUAUUUGUAUUUUUCAGGCUUUAAUCAGACGUGUUUAUUUGUAGAAGUAUAAUUAGCUCUUGUAUGUUAGUUUCUGAUGGUCAUGAUGAGGAAGAAUCUCUGAUUUUUAUCAUACCAAAGUUGUUAUAUUGGUUCCUGUGUUUAUAUAUUACUGUUUUCUAAUAAUUCUCUCCACAAUGGUUCCUCUCAGGAGUUCCUCUGUGGUUCCUCUCCACAGUCUGGCCCUCCAUCCUUCAUCCUGAUCUACAUUCUCUGUUAGUCCAAUAUCCAAAACUUAUUAUUUUUCAUAGUGUCUCUGUGCAUAUUUAACCAGAUGGUGUGUGUGUGUGUGUGUGUGUGUGUGUGUGUGUGUGUUAUAAUGUUUUCUUUCAUUUUGUGUGUUAAACAUUAAUUGUGAACUGACAGCAGUUUGAAAAUAAAGUUUCUGAUAGAAACUGUUUAA